GAAUCCUACAAUUUCUUAUUUACGUUCAUCGUAGACGUUCAUGCACACGCUCCUCGUAGAAUGUUCUAAUUCGAUUCGAAAUUCAAAAGUUGAAAAUGACGUACAUUGCUUCCCGCGUUUUGCGGCGCGCGUCAAAUUUGUUUUUUUCGCAAAAGCGCUACGAGACUACGGUUGCCAGUUUGACGAAGGACGAGAUUUUGAUACUUCUAAGGCCGCCAUUCACGAAUUGGAGCAACGCGAUACGUGAAGCUGAGAAGGUGGUCGGGUAUCCGACCUCUUUUAUGAAUUUAAGAUGCCUUCUUAGUGAUGAAUUUGCUAAUUUGGCGUUAUAUUUGAGGAAAUUGGUCGGCAGCAACCACCUGGUGAUGCAAACAGCCAAGAACGUCCUAUACGGUGACUCCAAGAACCUCCAGCCCUGGGGCCUCAUCAUCUUGCUCCUCUCGAAGUCGGUCAAAAUUCGUUCAACCCAAACGAAAGUAAUCGAAGAGCAACAGCGACAACUGGCGGAGUUAACUGAAAUGCUCAGAACCGGCCACCUGAUCCACAGAGGCAUUGUUAAUGUGCCCUUCGCGAAACGUUCCAAGAACACAGAAUCUGCUAUAUUUGGUAACAAGAUAGCUAUUCUUCUUGGAGACUAUCUCCUCGUAACAGCAAACGCGAUGCUCGCUGGCCUGAAGAACGCUGAUGUACUGUACAUUGUGUCUACAGCAUUGAGGGAUCUUUCUGAAGGCGAAUUCUUUGGUGAACGCGACGAGCAGAACAUGCCUCUACCAGGGAAGCCCAAGAACGAUAAAGACGAUCUGAGCAUCACGUUCGAUACAACGUCCAUUGCUGCUGAUGACGUGCUCGGCAAGCCCCGACAGGAAUGGACAGCUAGGACAGUGUUCAAUGGAGUGAGUUUGCUGGGAAGAGGCUGCCAAUCCGCGAUGUUGCUUGGUAGACAGAGUCGUGAUACGCAGAACAGCGCGUAUCACUUCGGAUGUCAUGUAGGCUUAGCCUGGCAGGCUGCUACGGAAUUACAAACUUUACGCUCGGACAGUAAAGAUCAGUUUUGCCUAGCUAGCGCCCCGGUUUUGUUCGCGUUAGAAGAAAAUCCCGAAUUGUAUAAAAUCAUCGAUCAAGCCAAAAACGACGUUAAGGACGUGGAUUAUGAAGAUUUAAAAUUCAAUAUACUAAAAACGGACGCAGUGGAUAAAACUAAGAUGUUAUAUGAGGAUCAUGCGAAAAAAGCGACAUCGUACAUUGAAAAUAUUGCUAGAAAUGAUACUGUUGAAAUGAUAAAGAAGUUAAUUAAUACAUUUUGAUUGUCGGAUGGACUUCGAAACAGUUUUAAA